AUGGCUAGUCGGCUGCUCACAGGGCGCAUUCGCUGUCCCUCUCACCCGUACAGUGCAAGUUCGACUUGGAACGCUUCCCCGAGGCGUUCUACGGCCAGCGUUUUGUACAGAGCCUUGCAGCGUUCGCUGCGCGACUAUGCUCGCGAGUGGACGCGAGUAGAAAGCAGCAGGAGCGUGCUCCCGUCAGCGUUCCACGCCCGCGAAUGGAGCAUAUUCUGUGGAACACUGGGUCCCGCAUUAAAUGAACUCGCACGAGUGGUGCCCGGGAAGGCGCCGCGAGACCCGUGGCAGCUCGCUGCAGCGCUGCGUCGCUCCGUGCGUGAAAGAAGCUUCACAGAGCAGCAGCCGAGUGAAAGAGAACUGGAGCUUGGGUUCGGAUUGCUCAGAGUGCUACAAUCGCGCGUUGUCGCGCUGAAGCGCUUAGUCUAUGAACCGCACUCGAGUUGUUUGACGGCAGGCGUGCGGGUUCAGGUGGAUUCGUUGUUUCUCGGUCGCGAGCAACGUGGCGUUGGUCUGGAUGGUCUACGUGAUAUGUACCAUUUCACGUAUUUUGUACGGAUAGAGAACCAUGGUCCUGCACCCGUGCUGCUCCUCGGACGCCACUGGGAUAUCAAUGACCUAGAGGGUCAGCUACAGACGGUGCGGGGUCUCGGGGUGGUCGGCCAGACGCCGACCCUCCAAGUCGGUGACAGCUACGAGUAUCGGAGUCAGUGCGUGUUGGCGGCACCUUUGGGCGUCAUGCGGGGCUUCUAUCGCAUGUUCCAGAUGCCAAAAGGUGACGAAGUCGCCGUAGAAAUCAAACCAUUCGGGCUGAUCGCAUCAACGCUGCACAAGGAGCCACAAGAAGAACAGGUACCCGCAGAUGGUAGCGUGCAAACCGCCUCCUCCUAUGCGAGGCGUGCACGAGUGCACCCAGCUCGACCGCCGCUGUAA